UCGAAGGAACCAAACAGACCCUUGUUGAAUUCCCAAAAAUGUCUUAAAAACACUAAUUGCUGUGUCGUCAGCGCCUCCAUUCAUCUUCCCUCUUUCGACAACUUGUGAUUCCUGAACAGCACCACCGUGGCGGCGGAUGAUGAAAGAUACGGUGGCCGAAGUUGCAGUCUUUGCCGACACUAAUUUGGGCACUAGCAUUGCUUUCAAUGCCCCCUCUCACAUUACAGCCGGUGCACUCAAAAGAGAUUUUGAGAAAGUGCACUUCACUUGUUUGCCAGACAUAGGAGAGAUCCAAGUUCAUGGAUUAAUGGUGAGGCGAAAAUCAUGCUUCUACUAUCUGCCCGAUUCCCUGAUUAUGAAGUAUGUUUUCCCAAAGAUGAGAGAAACAUGGUUUCUUCAUGUGGAAGCAAGGCCUUUAAAAUCUUUGCAAGUUCCAUGUUUACCCCGUGAUGCAGCUAUUGUUUCAAAACAUCAGGACAUAAUGACGGAUGACUGCCAAAUUAAGAAAAAAUGCAACAGUGAGGAAAAUAGAGAGGAAGGACUCCAUCCCCGUGCAAAUGUUUCGGAAGAGAAUGACACUAUUAAUAACAUUUUGGAGGAAAGGGGAAAUUCUUAUGAAAAUGACAAGCAACAUUCAGCCAGUGGAAUGCCAGAAAGAUACUCCUGCGGAUUUGGAGACAAACCUACCAGCACGGCCAGUAAGAGUGGAUGUGCGAUGCCGGAGAAUAAAGUUGAAAAUCAGGUUGAGUUGUGUGCUGCUAACUCAAUGCAAGAAAGUCCGAGUAAGAUGUCGACACAAGUGGUGUCAGUCUCUGGUUUAAUCAAUAAAUAUUUUACAGGUUACAAUGGCAUCGACAGCAGCUCUUCAAACUCCGGUGUUACAUCGAGAGUUAUUCAUAGUGAGAUUGAAGUUCAAUCAAACAUCAGUGGACAAAGUUGCUCAAAGAAACAAAUUGGUUCAUUACCACAGUUCACUUCCAAAACACCUCCACAUGUUCCGUUAUAUGUUGACUCGGUUUCCAAAAUUUCAGGUAGCAAAACUAGAAAAUUCAAGGUUGAGAAAUGUAGCAAAACUAGAAAAUCCAAGGUUGAGAAAUGCAGCAAAACUAGAAAACCCAAAGUUGAGAAAUGUAGCAAAAAUAACAUUUCCAAAGUGGGGAAAUUUCUUCUUUCAGCUUCAAAGAGUCUCGGCGUUUCUAAUACUAAGCAUAGUCCUGCACUUUCAUUAUGUAAGUUCAAAGAUAAGAAACUACAAGAGGAAAUAUCUCAAAUUAAUCGUUCGAUAUUUUCUCUCUGUGAAAGUGAUUGACAUUAUGAUAGCGUGUAGACUGUCAAAAAGGAUGUAAAUAGGUGAUGUGUUUCAUUGUAUUUCGUCUGUUUAUUUUGGUAACCACUUUGGUAAUAGUAGACUUUUUGGUUUAACAUUACCUUGUGAGAUUUUGUGGGAAAAAUGUUGUAAUUUUAACUUAUAUUAUAUGAUCACAAGAAAGCAAAAGCAGGUAUGCAGUUCUCUA